CCACCCUCGACCCUCGGUCGUCAGUCGUCAGUCGUCAGUGUAUACCGCAGCCCCUUGUGAGUGGUCGUGCGUGUGUGGAGUGCGCCGGCGCAGGUUGACACACUAUGUUCAAAACUUCUAUAUCUUUGGCUCUCGUGGCCGUCGUGUUGAGUGUCGUUUUAGCUGAUGACAGUGACCAGAAGGAGACCUGGUAUGAUGAUUACUACUUAGGAGACCUUGACGAUAAAGAGAUCUUUCAGCCUUUUACAUCGCUACAUAGAAGUACUAUAUCAGAUGGUAAUGAAGACCUACCAGCUGAAAUUAAAGACACCGAUGAUCUCUCCUCGGAUAUAAAUGAAUACAACGAAGAAAAGAAAUUCGAGGAUGAACUGAAAAGGUACGUGAUUGACAGGAAAAGUGACGCUCAGGAUGAUAGUGGCUUUGAUGACUACCAGUUCGAAGAUAAUAGAUUUGGUGACGAUAACUCAUACGGUGAUGAUCAAAGUGAUGAAUUUAAUCCACUUCUAAAUAAAGAGUUACAAGUUGAGACUGACAAAGAAAAACAUGUCGAAGCAUCGACUGAACUGCUAAAUGAUUUAUCAAAAACAAAUAAGAGUACAGAUAAAGAUAUUCUAGAGGAGACGAAAUCAAUUUUAAGUGAAGAGACGAUAAACGAUUUCGCUCAUGAUAAAACAUUUGGAGCGAAUGUUGUAAAUGAUACUGAAAGCGGGCAUAUAUUAGAGGAGACCAGAAAAAUUAUAAACGAAAAUUAUGGAUCAAUAGAAGACAAUAUCGACAAAGAUGGUGGUGAAGAAUCGAUCAGAGAUUCUGAAACUGAAGAAGAUCAUAGGACAAUGAUAACAACAUCCGAAGAAGGAGGAGAGAGAGAGGAAAAAGGAGACACCAUCGAUACAGCUUAUAGUGAUAUAAUGCACGAUUUGAACAGACUCCAUGGAACAUGGAAAAAAUUAAACGAAGUUGGCGAUGACGUUGAUGAUAACGAUUACAGUGAAAGUGAGGAACAACAGGAAAUGGACGGAGACUACGAAGAAAUUGGUGAUUCAGAACUUGAGAGAAUAUUUGAAAAUAGUUCCCACAAUGAACAAGAGAACGUGGAAGCUUCUGAUGAAAUACUCUCUGACGAGACAUCUGCAAGUCAUGCAAACACUUAUAAACCUCUGCCCUACAUAAACGAUGCGUUAGUGGCGAGCGAUGUAGACAGAAGCUUACCAAAGAGUACUAACGAUAGCAGUAAUAGUAACAGUGCUAGCAGCACAGAGGAGUCAAGUGUCACGGAGAGCUCCAAGGCUUCUGGAACCACUGAGUCCAUGUCUACAACCGAAGCAGUGGAAACAACAUUAAAAUCAGAAAUGAAUGAAAUGUCGAUUGCCGAGGAGGACGCCGCCAUCUUGAAGUUUACUGAAGUCAAUCCCUCGAUACUAGAUGUCACAUCGAGUGAUAUCAUUAAUGCAACUAACGUUUGGCUGACAGUGAACGGUUCCGUGGAAGUGACGUCACCCGACUAUCCCUCUCCGUACCCCACGAAUAAUACCGUGGACUGGAUGUUCCAAGGAGCCGGCCAAGGAAUAGAAUUAAAUAUAACGGAAUUCUCCGUCAACGGUUACCUCGGGGACUACCUGUUGGUUAAACCAGGUGGAGUGGACUCGUCGGGUUCUUCGGGCCUCAUCUUCACCUACUCGCUACGGACCGAGCGUCGCUACAGGUUCUUGGACGUCGAUAAGAUGUUCGUGCGUUUCGUGGCCAAACCUGGAAACCAGUUAUUCAGAGGGUUCAAGUUCAGCGCCCGUAUGGUCGUCGAUCGACCAGAGUCGAUACCUGAACCCGAGGAGGACGUUCCCGCUCCCGUGUCUCCGGCCACCAUCACUGUCAACCUGGGCGGGAUCUCACUCCAGGAUUUCCAUGGGGUCGAAGAACAGUUCCGUCGGAUCAUCGCCGACAUGGCCACCUUGUAUAUCAACACCAACGACAUCGACGCUGGACUCAACGCUACACGAGAGAUCACACAAAUAACAAGAAAAGCGUUCUGUUACCACAAGUGGCCGAAGUUCGAGCUCUGUACUGAAGUUAGUUUCGGAGUUCCGCUGGUGUAUGACGAGGCGAGGAGAGAAAACAUGACCGAGGAGGAGAGGAACAGGUUUAGUGAACACGAUCUGACUGACAUGUGGACCUCCUACUCACAGAGAGACCCCUUCGCCGCGAGACUUAGGAACUUGGGGAUUGCGGAGUAUCAAAUCCCCGAUGACAAAGGUGUCCUGGCCUUGUGGCUGGUGGUGGCCGCCGGGGUUGUGAUCUCUGCAGCGCUGCUGGCGCUUGCGCUGUGGCGUUUCAGCUGUUUCGAAGACUACACCCGGAUGCCGGUGUACGGAGACACGGACAGUCUGAACGAGAAGCGAACCCUGGACCUGUAUCCUACUCCUCACCAGACCCUGCCGCCACUCUUCGAGACGGACUACAAGUGGUCGGAGGACUUCCACGGUAACAAAGUCGACGCCGGGUUCGCCAACUCCAGCUUCCUCUCAGACGGCGUGUUCGACCCCCGCGCCGAGCGACCCGCCGCCCGGGACAGGAGCACAACUGACGUGUGACCGCUGUUUGUCUCGUGGGAACUACAGUUUCAGUCCUCGUGACGUGUACGACAUCUGAGAAGAUAGUUAAUCUUAUGAUAUGUAAUAUUAUUGUGAUUUUAUGAUUGUUGUCGUGUAUGAAUGUCUCUCUUAUAUUUAACAUUAUCAAAUACUAAUCGAACGACGAGUUCGAUCCUAUUUACACCAAGCCAUUGUCUAGAAUUAGAUUUCUCCUCUAGAAGAAUAUAGUUUAUGUAUAAAAAUAUCUUUAUCGCUUGUUAAGAACAUAAAACUAUAUUUAAAUAGGUAUAUUAUAUAAAGUUAUAUACAAAUUUAGCCAUUAUUUAUAUCACAUACAUUAUAACGUACAUAUAUCAACGUCAGAACAAAUACUCUUAUGAGAUCCAUCCUUCAAGGAAGCUUACUUCCUACUCGAGGUGCAAGGUUUGAUCGAUUCAAUGUAAUUCAAUAUAAUAUAAUAAAUAUUUACUUUCCACUAAAACAAGAAAAGAACAGAAAGAGAUAUUUAUACACGUUCAGAGUACACGAGACAAGUUGUGUGUUAUAAGUGUAUAAUGUAUAAUGUAUAAUUAUAAUUUAUACAUUAUCAAACAUAGUAAUACUACUCAGUAUACUUAAAUGUUGUUGUGAUUUUAUAAAAUAAAUAAUAAAUUUUAACAUUUGUUGUAAAUUAUUUUUUAAUUUAAUUUUUUUUUUAUUAAUUACUUUAUCAAUAAACGGUUGUGUUUUUCUA